AUGCGACCGUAUGGUUGUAUUGCCGACCGAGUCAUGCUCCGAACUAUUACAUUUUGGAACCGGGGCGUGACAUGUGUUCUGAUUUCCUAUGGGCUCAAAAAUUUCACUUGGUUGCUUGGAAUUCUCUCUGUCAGGGGAAAGAAGCAUGGAGGUCUGGGGGUUUUUUCUGCAAAAUCUUGGAAUUAUGCAGCUGCCACAGAGCUUCUAUGGAUGAUUCAUCUUAAAAAAGAUUUACUAUGGAUUAAGUGGAUACAUGGUAACUAUUUGCAAAACCAAAAUGUUUGGGAGAUUCAGGGUAGGACAUAUGAUUCUUGGAUGUGGAGACAAAUUCUUAAAGUGAGGGAUAUGUUGAUAAAUAAAUUUGGUAGCACUGAUAAUGUGAAGAAUGCUAUUGAGGGUUGCUUUUCUAAAGACAAACUCAAACUUUCUGAAAUAUACAUGUGUUUAAUUCAGCCAAUGCCAAAGGUUAGCUGGUUCAGCACAGCUUGGGAUGAGUUUCUUUAUCCUAAGCAUUCUUUUAUUUUAUGGUUGGCGUGUAAUCAAAGACUCCUCACUAAGGACAGAUUAUGUAGAAUGGGGAUGAUGAGUUCCAAUCAGAAUCAGUGUGUUCUAUGCUGUGGUCAUCAAUUGGAAACAAGUAAGCAUAUCUUCUUUGAAUGCCAAUUCUCGGCUGAUGUAUGGAAUAGGGUGAUGGAUUGGAUGAGAUUUAGAUGGAGAUCUUGUUACUGGGACUUGAUCAUUAGUUGGUAUUCUUGCAAUUUGAAAGGAAGAGGACCCUUGAGGAAGUUGAAGAGAAUGUGUCUUUCAGCAGCAGUGUAUAUGAUUUGGGAUGAGAGGAAUCGAAGGAUUUUUCAAGGCAAAAUGAGAGAUCCUUCUCAGAUUUUCAGAGCUAUUAGACUUUCAGUUUUUACAAGAGUAUUGAAUGUUAGUUCACAUGCACAUAUGAUAGAUUUGCUUGAGGUUUUGUAA